CGUACGGUCUACAUCAAUGGCGUCUGCUCAUACUUAAUCGUGGUUCGUUAACUCUAAUAUAGUUAAUUAGAUUUAAACGUUUUUAAGUGUUUGAUUGCGGGUUACGUGAGCAGUUAAAAUAUUAUAAAAUACCAAUUUAUUCCUUUUGGUAUGUUAAUUUAUGCCUUUUUAAUUGGUCAUUGUGUUUUUUCCGUGUAUGUUUAAAAGUUCGUUGUGUAAUCGUGUGUUAUUUUUAAACAUUCGUCAAGAAAAACUAUUUUUAUGUCAUCGGAAGUUACUACAUAGUACAUGACGUGCCGCGCUGCCGCAGGAAGUGCCCAUAAUGGAGUUCCCCAGUCUCUCACCGUUUCUGUUGCUGAUAUUGUUAUAUUCAUCAUCUGUAUUGUAUGUUGCAAAAAAUCCACUGUAUGCUCAAUUGGUAAGCCCACAAAGCACUUUUGAAACGGUAGACUCCAUCUGUUUUGACUUCAAAGGCACAGGUGCUGAUGAUACUGCUCUAUUACGAGUAUCAUACACGCAGACCGAUAUGUCCGUUACCUCACUGGUGUACACUGUGAAAGAUCGUAAUCCGGGCACUUACCUUGCAUUCGGUCCGACGCUACCGAAGUUUGAUUCAUCCUCAGCAGGAGUUGUAGCGAUAGAAGACUACACUCUAGCACACCCUUGUGAUUCCGUCUAUGUGUACAAGCGAUGCUGCAGAGUAGGUUGUGAUCCUCCAUGUAAUGGAUAUAAGGACGUCCCUGUUUACAUUUUAUCCACGAAUAUGAAAGAAACUAACAUAACGUGUAUAAGUGAAGGUAUCAAGGCCGCAGAAAAGUUUACCGGUUCCUUGAACUUCAGGACCUUGCCUAAAUUAGCCAAGAAACCUUGUCCUUUCACAACUGUAACUGCACCGUCAGUCCCCAAGAUGGAGCUGACGAUUCCGGGAUUGAUUAGUAUUAAGCUUUAAUCAAUCUGAUAAAUUUGAAUAACAAAGAUAAUAUCUAACAAAUUAAUUAAAACUUAAUAAAGUAUUCAACAAUUGUAUGCCUUUUAAAUCAGCUAACAAUAGGAAGAUAACUAAAUAAAACUGUGAUAUUUAUUGUUUUAA